AUGGUGGAGGGUGAGGCAGGGGAGAGGAGAGAGGGGAGGGAGGCCCAGCCGCUGCUGCGGAAGCCGUGGGUGAUCUGCACGCGGAGGGAGCUGUCCGAGGUCCCCGCCAGCAUCCCGGUCAACACGCGCUACCUGAACCUGCAGGAGAACGGCAUCCAGGUGAUCCGCACCGACACCUUCAAACAUCUGCGGCACCUGGAGAUCCUGCAGCUGAGCAAGAACCUGGUCCGCAAGAUCGAGGUGGGCGCCUUCAACGGGCUGCCCAGCCUGAACACGCUGGAGCUGUUCGACAACCGGCUGAGCACGGUGCCCACGCAGGCCUUCGAGUACCUGUCCAAGCUGCGGGAGCUGUGGCUGCGCAACAACCCCAUCGAGAGCAUCCCGUCGUACGCCUUCAACCGCGUGCCGUCGCUGCGGCGCCUGGACCUGGGCGAGCUCAAGCGGCUGGAGUACAUCUCGGAGGCGGCCUUCGAGGGCCUGGUGAACCUGCGCUACCUCAACCUGGGCAUGUGCGACCUCAAGGACAUCCCCAACCUCACGGCCCUCGUGCGCCUGGAGGAGCUCGAGCUGUCGGGCAACCGGCUGGACCUCAUCCGGCCCGGCUCCUUCCAGGGUCUCACGAGCCUGCGCAAGCUGUGGCUCAUGCACGCGCAGGUGGCCACCAUCGAGCGCAACGCCUUCGACGACCUCAAGUCGCUAGAGGAGCUCAACCUGUCGCACAACAACCUCAUGUCGCUGCCCCACGACCUGUUCACGCCCCUGCACCGCCUCGAGCGCGUGCACCUCAACCACAACCCGUGGCACUGCAACUGCGACGUGCUGUGGCUCAGCUGGUGGCUGAAGGAGACGGUGCCCAGCAACACGACGUGCUGCGCGCGCUGCCACGCUCCCGCUGGCCUCAAGGGGCGCUACAUCGGCGAGCUCGACCAAUCGCACUUCACCUGCUACGCGCCCGUCAUCGUGGAGCCGCCCACCGACCUGAACGUCACCGAGGGCAUGGCGGCCGAGCUCAAGUGCCGCACGGGCACGUCCAUGACGUCGGUGAAUUGGCUGACGCCCAACGGCACGCUGAUGACGCACGGCUCGUACCGCGUGCGCAUCUCCGUGCUGCACGACGGCACGCUCAACUUCACCAACGUCACGGUGCAGGACACCGGCCAGUACACCUGCAUGGUCACCAACUCGGCAGGCAACACCACGGCGUCCGCCACGCUCAACGUGUCGGCCGUGGAGCCCGGGCCCGGCGGUGCGGGGCCCGGCGGCGCGGGGGGCCCCGGGGGCGCGGCCGGCGGCUACACCUACUUCACCACCGUCACCGUGGAGACGCUGGAGACGCAGCCCGGCGAGGAGGCCCUGCAGCCCCGCGGCACCGACAAGGAGCCCCCGGGGCCCACCACGGACGGCGCGUGGGGCGCGGGCCGGCCCGGGGACGUGGCCGGAGCCCCUGCCGCCUCCACCGCCGCACCCGCGCCGCGCUCGUCGCGGCCCACGGAGAAGCCGUUCACGGUGCCCAUCACGGACGUGACGGAGAACGCGCUCAAGGACCUGGACGACGUCAUGAAGACCACCAAGAUCAUCAUCGGCUGCUUCGUGGCCAUCACCUUCAUGGCGGCCGUCAUGCUGGUGGCCUUCUACAAGCUGCGCAAGCAGCACCAGCUCCACAAGCACCACGGGCCCACGCGCACCGUGGAGAUCAUCAACGUGGAGGACGAGCUGCCCGCCGCCUCCGCCGUCUCCGUGGCCGCCGCCGCCGCCGUGACGGGGGGCGCGGGCGGGGACAGCCACCUGGCCCUGCCCGCCCUGGAGCGCGACCACCUCAACCACCACCACUACGUGGCCGCCGCCUUCAAGGCGCACUACGGCGGCGGCAACCCGGGCGGCGGGGGCAAGGGCCCCGGGGGCCUCAACUCCAUUCACGAACCUCUGCUCUUCAAAAGCGGCUCCAAGGAGAAUGUGCAAGAGACGCAGAUCUGAGGCUGGGGAUGGUCCGGGCCGCCCACCCCCGGCUCCCGGCUCCCGCCCCGGGCUUCCCC